AAGGUUACACGGGUGAUCCUUUCUCAGAAUGUAGUCCGCAAAUACAUGCACCACCUGAAAUCUCCAUGCCUUGCAAUCCCAGCCCCUGUGGCGCGAAUGCUGUUUGCAAAGAACGCAACGGCGUCGGUUCCUGCACCUGCUUGCCCGAAUACACUGGCGACCCAUACACUGAAUGCCGUCCCGAAUGUGUCCUCAACACUGACUGUCCGAAAAAUCUUGCCUGCAUGAACACCAAAUGUCGCGAUCCAUGUCCAGGCGUCUGCGGCGUAGGUGCCGAAUGUCACGUUAUUAAUCAUGCGCCAAGCUGCAGGUGUCCGUCUGGUUACACGGGUAACCCUUCGGAAUAUUGUCGCGAACAACCAAAACAGCUGGAUGCGCAGCCAUGCCGCCCUUCACCAUGUGGUCCUUAUAGCCAAUGUCGUGAAGUAAACGGUCAUGCGGUCUGCUCGUGCAUUACCAACCAUAUUGGUACGCCGCCGUCUUGUCGUCCCGAAUGCUCGGUUAGCUCCGAGUGCGCGCAAGAUAAGGCUUGCGUGAAUUUCCGCUGUGUAGGUCCAUGCCCGGGUACUUGCGGCAAUGAAGCGCGUUGUAAGGUAACAAACCACAAUCCGAUUUGCACUUGCCCAGCUGGCUACUCAGGAGACCCGUUCAUACGUUGCUUACCUGUUGCAAGCGAAGAACCGCGUUUGCCAUCACGUCCAACCAAUCCAUGCGUACCAAGUCCAUGCGGUCCAAAUUCACAGUGCCGCGCUGUGGGCGAAACCCCAGUUUGCUCCUGCUUUCCGAACUUCGUGGGCCGCGCGCCCAAUUGUCGUCCCGAAUGCACGCUCAGUUCGGAAUGUCCAGCCAAUUUGGCUUGUAUAAAUGAGCGCUGCAAGGAUCCCUGCCCUGGUUCGUGCGGUUUCAAUGCCUUCUGCAAUGUGGUAAAUCACUCGCCUGUAUGCAGUUGUGAGACUGGCUACACCGGCGAUCCAUUCGCCGGCUGCAAUCCAACGCCAGCCGCAAUACCCGAAGAGCGUCUAACGCCUUGCAUUCCCUCACCCUGUGGCCCCAACGCUGAAUGUCGCGAACGUAAUGGCGCCGGCUCAUGCGUCUGCCUGCCGGAAUAUUUUGGUGACCCCUACAGCGGCUGUCGUCCCGAAUGCAUAGCGAACUCUGAUUGCCCACGUGAUAAGUCUUGUGUCAACAAUAAAUGCAGCGAUCCUUGUCCAGGUGUUUGUGGCUUGAAUGCCGAAUGCCGCGUUUCCAAUCACGCGCCUAAUUGCCACUGUCUACAAGGUUACACGGGUAACCCGUUGAGCGCUUGCCGGGAAAUACCACAACUACCGCCAGCUCCAACCCCGAAAGACACUAAUCCCUGCAUCCCGUCACCAUGCGGCCCCUACAGUCAAUGUCGUGAGGUGAAUGGUCAUGCCGUAUGCUCCUGUCAGACGAACUUUAUUGGCUCUCCACCGAAUUGUAAACCCGAAUGCAUCGUUUCCUCUGACUGCGCACAAAAUCUUGCAUGCCAAAAUCAGAAAUGUAUCGAUCCCUGUCCUGGUACCUGCAGUAGCGAAGCACGUUGUCAAGUCAUUAACCAUUAUGCAGCGUGCUCUUGCCCGCCGGGUUAUACGGGGGAUCCCUUCAGUAGAUGUAUUAAAAUUAAACUGGACGUGCCUUCUGUAGUAGUUAAACCUGGUAAUCCAUGUAUACCUUCACCGUGUGGACCCAACUCGAAGUGUCUCGAUGUUGGCGGUUCACCUGCAUGUUCCUGCUUGCCUACCUACUUGGGGCGACCGCCCAACUGCCGUCCCGAGUGCCUAAGUAGCUCAGAUUGUCCAGCUAAUUUGGCAUGUACCAAUCAGAAAUGUACAAAUCCUUGUAUCGGCGCAUGCGGUGUACAUACACAGUGUACGGUUAUAAAACACAAUCCUACGUGUCAAUGUGAAAUUGGCUAUACUGGAGAUCCUUUCUCUGGCUGUGCUAUUGUAAAAAUGACACCCACCGAGGAGCCACGCAAUCCAUGCAAUCCCAGUCCAUGCGGCGCUAACGCCGUUUGUCGCGAACGCAAUGGCGCCGGCUCGUGCUCAUGUCUACCUGAAUACUUUGGCGAUCCGUAUAGCGGCUGUCGCCCAGAAUGCGUACAGAACUCGGACUGUGAUCGCUCGCGUGCUUGCAUCAAUAACAAGUGUCAAGAUCCAUGCCCUGGCGUUUGCGGCAUCAAUGCAGAAUGUCGCGUACUAAAUCAUGCACCAAACUGUAUGUGCUUUGAUGGUUACACCGGCGAUCCACAUCGUUCCUGCGCUGUUAUCGAAAUUACAACUAUGACACCACUGAAUCCAUGCCAACCCUCGCCUUGUGGUCCCUACAGCGAAUGUCACGAAUCGAAUGGGCACGCUGUUUGCUCAUGCGUCGAUGGAUAUGUCGGUGCGCCACCCACUUGCAAGCCAGAGUGCGUCGUCAGCUCGGAGUGCCCACAGAAUCGCGCUUGUAUUAAUCAGAAGUGCGCCGAUCCAUGUCGUGGCGCGUGCGGUAAUAAUGCGCGUUGUCAAGUGGUGAAUCAUAAUCCGAUUUGCACUUGCGCGGCUGGCUUGACCGGCGAUCCAUUUACAUCAUGCGUGGAGGAGCAGGAAACACCGCGUGAUCCACAAAAUCCUUGCGUGCCGUCACCAUGUGGCCCAAAUUCGUUGUGUCGCGAAAUCGGCGGACAGGCGGCUUGUUCCUGCCAGUUGAACUACGUAGGUCGCCCGCCAAACUGUCGGCCGGAAUGUAGCAACAAUGAUGAGUGCCCUAACAAUUUGUCAUGCCAGAACGAACGUUGCGUCGAUCCAUGUCCUGGCUCUUGCGGGCGCAAUGCCUUCUGCAAGGUUGUGCAACACAAUGCGAUCUGCUCGUGCGCCGACAGCUAUGAAGGCGAUCCUAUUUUGGGUUGCGAUUUAAUAGAACCAGUGCUGCCGAAGCAACCGCCUACAUCACCGUGUGAACCCUCACCUUGUGGCCCACAUGCCGAAUGUAGAGAGCGCAAUGGCGCCGGGGCAUGCUACUGUCAUGACGGUUUCGAAGGCAAUCCCUACGAUACGGAGCGCGGUUGCCGACGCGAAUGCGAAGUUAAUGAUGACUGCUCAACAGCUCAGGCUUGCGUGCGCUUCAAGUGCGUUGAUCCAUGCAACAACAUUUGUGGCGAAUUCGCCAUAUGUUCUGUAGAGAAUCAUGUGCCUACUUGCAACUGCCCGCCUAGCUACACAGGCGAUCCGUUCUUCCAAUGCAAACCGAUACCAGUUACGCCACCACCUAUCAUCAACCCUUGCGUUCCAUCACCAUGCGGACCGAAUAGUAUUUGCCGCAACAUAAACGACCAAGCUGUAUGCUCCUGCCAAUCCGGCUUCAUCAAUCAACCACCCAACUGUCGACCUGAGUGCGUUGUAAGCUCAGAGUGUGCGCCGGAGCGUGCGUGCGUGAACAACAAAUGCGUGGAUCCAUGCUUGCAUACUUGCGGCAUACGCGCCAUAUGCACGACAAAGAAUCACAGCCCGAUCUGUACUUGCCCACGCGGCAUGACUGGCGAUCCAUUUGUACAAUGCUCAAAGAUACCAAUUAUUCAUGACGUGGAACCCACAGAACGUCCACCGUCCUGUGUUCCCUCGCCUUGUGGUCCUAAUUCCAAAUGCCAAAUUGUCGGCGGUAGUCCGGCUUGCUCUUGUCUACAAGACUUUAUCGGCGCACCACCAAACUGUCGUCCGGAAUGUGUGCUGAAUUCGGAGUGCGGACCAACUGAGGCGUGCAUCAACCAAAAAUGUCGCGACCCAUGUCCUGGUUCUUGCGGUUUCGAAGCCAAAUGUCACGUGCUCAACCAUGUGCCAAUUUGUAACUGCAUUGACGGCUAUACCGGCGAUCCGUUCAUCCGUUGCAGUCCCAUACCACCAGUUACGGAGUCACCAAAAACUCCCAACGAUCCUUGCGAUCCAAGCCCGUGUGGACCAAAUGCCGAUUGUUUCAAUGGCGAAUGCCGCUGUCAAGACAACUAUCAAGGCAACCCUUAUGAUGGCUGUCGUCCAGAGUGCACGCUCUCAGCAGAUUGUCCACGAGACAAGGCGUGCAUGCGCAACAAAUGUGUAGACCCUUGCCCCGGCACUUGUGGCAUCAAUGCCAUUUGUGAAGUGCUCAACCAUAUUCCAGUGUGCUCUUGCAUCACCGGCUACGAAGGCGAUCCGUUCAGCACCUGUAGACUUAAGGAAAUAAUUGAAGAGCCCAAGCAAGCAGUUUGUUCCCCUUCACCCUGUGGUGCGAAUAGCCAAUGCCGCGAUAUUAAUGGUCAUGCUGUAUGCUCCUGCCUAGAGGGUUACAUUGGCAGUCCACCACAAUGCCGUCCAGAAUGCGUUGUGUCUAGUGAAUGCUCGGCAUUGCAAGCUUGCGUUAACCGAAAAUGUACAGACCCUUGCGCAGGCGCAUGCGGUAUUGAAGCACGUUGUGAAGUUAUUAAUCACAGUCCUAUUUGCGGUUGUCCGCCUGGAAAAACUGGCGAUCCAUUUAAACGCUGUCUGGAUAUACCACCACCAGAACCGCCGCGAGAACGUGACCCUGGCAUACCGCGCGAUCCAUGUGUACCUAAUGUUUGUGGUCCUAACUCGAUUUGCAAAGCCAGCGCCAACGGGCCAUCCUGUCAGUGCUUGCCAGAGUUCUUUGGUUCGCCACCAAAUUGCCGUCCAGAAUGCAUUAUCAAUCCAGACUGCCCGUCGAGCCAAGCAUGCAUCAACAACAAGUGUCGCGAUCCUUGUCCAGGCUCAUGUGGCACAAAUUCCGAGUGUCGCGUGAUUAGUCACACAGUUUCCUGUUCGUGUCCUGAAGGCUUUGCCGGCAAUGCCUUCGUGCAAUGUGUGCCAGCUAUUGAAGAGCCUGUCAAACCAUGCGAACCAUCGCCCUGCGGUCCGAACGCCGAAUGUAUUGAACGUAAUGGUGCGGCUUCAUGCAAAUGUAUCGACGACUACCAAGGCAAUCCCUACGAUGGAUGUCGGCCAGAAUGUGUGCUCAGCUCUGACUGUCCGACGGACAAGGCCUGCAUACGCAAUAAAUGUAAGGAUCCAUGCCCUGGCAUUUGUGGCUCAAACGCGCAAUGUUAUGCGGUUAAUCACGUGCCGAAUUGUGUGUGCAAUGACGGCUAUACCGGAGAUCCAUUCUCAAACUGCCAACGUCAAGUUGCGCCACCCCAACCACCACCACAAGGCAAUCCAUGCCAGCCAUCACCUUGUGGGCCAAAUAGUAAAUGUCGUGAAGCAAAUGGUCUUGCUGUUUGCUCAUGCUUAGACAACUUUAUUGGUGCGCCACCCAAUUGUAAGCCAGAGUGCACCGUCAACACGGAAUGUCCACAGAAUAAGGCCUGUCAUAACUUCAGAUGCGCUAAUCCUUGCGCCGGUACAUGCGGUGUGGAGGCGAAAUGUGAAGUCAUCAACCACAAUCCGAUAUGCAGUUGUCCGCUAGAUAUGACUGGCGAUCCAUUUUCGCGCUGCUAUCCAGCACCUCCACCUGCGCCCAGAGACGAACCCAAGACACCGAAAAAUCCAUGCUUCCCCUCACCUUGCGGCCUCUACGCUGAGUGCCGUGUCAGCGGCGAUCAACCGUCCUGCUCGUGCCUGCCCAACUAUAUCGGUGCGCCACCCAACUGUCGCCCCGAAUGCGUCGUCAACACUGAUUGUUCUCCGGAGAGGUCCUGCAUAGCUGAAAAAUGCCGCAAUCCAUGUGAAGGCACAUGUGGCAUCAAUUCCGAGUGUCGCAUACAGAACCACCUGGCAAUUUGUACUUGCCGCAGUGGCUUUACUGGCGAUCCAUUCUCGCAAUGCGUGGAAAUCAUCGAAGUCAAAACACCACCGACCGUAUCAGCCGAUCCCUGCGAUCUGCAACCCUGUGGCGCUAAUGCCGAAUGCGAUAAUGGCAUUUGCACAUGCUUACGCGAUUAUCAAGGAGAUCCGUACGUAGGCUGUCGACCUGAGUGCACGCUCAGUACCGACUGUUCGCCGCACAAGACCUGCCUCAACAAGAAGUGUGUGGAUCCAUGUCCGGGAACUUGCGGCCAGAAUGCGCAGUGCGACGUCAGCAAUCACAUUCCGAUCUGCAGUUGCCCAAAGGGUUACACCGGCGAUCCAUUCAUCAAUUGUCAUCCCGAAGUGCAACGUGAACCAACACCGAAAGAUCCAUGCCAGCCCAGUCCUUGCGGACCCAACAGCGUAUGCCAAGCUAGCGCACAAGGCGCUGUCUGCGCCUGUCAACCAGGCAUGCUGGGUUCACCACCGGCCUGCAAACCAGAGUGCAUAGUCAGCUCCGAAUGUUCGCUGCAAACAGCGUGUAUACAAAAGAAAUGCGUAGAUCCCUGUCCGGGCGCAUGCGGUCAAUUUGCCAAAUGUCAAGUGAUCAACCACAAUCCGAUCUGCACUUGCAACGCCGGCUACACAGGUGAUCCGUUUACGCGUUGCUACGUCGAAGAACGUGUCAUCGAAAAGACACCAAAUGCGAAUCCUUGCGUGCCAUCACCAUGUGGACCGAACUCUGAAUGUAAGGUGGUCGGUGACAGCUACGCUUGCUCGUGCGCCGUCAGCUUCUUGGGUAAACCACCUAAUUGUCGACCAGAAUGUAUCAUCAAUCCGGAAUGCCCAUCAACGAAGGCAUGUAUACGCCAGAAAUGUGAAGAUCCAUGUGUUGGCUCUUGCGGCUUCAAUGCGCGGUGCAAUGUGGCCAAUCACAUGCCCAUCUGCACCUGUGAAGUGGGAUAUACCGGUGAUCCAUUCACCGGCUGUCAACCAGUACAAGAGCGUAUUGUACACGAGCAAGUUACGCCGUGCGAGCCCAAUCCGUGCGGCUCGAAUGCCAUUUGUCGCGAUCGUAACGGCAUUGGCUCGUGUCAGUGUUUACCCGACUACUUUGGUGACCCAUAUCAAUCGUGUCGCCCCGAAUGUUUGCGUAACUCGGAUUGUCCCACUACGCAAGCGUGCACUCAGCAGAAAUGUCGCGAUCCCUGUCCGGGUACGUGUGGCACGAACGCUGAUUGUAGCGUCACAAAUCACGUGCCAACUUGUACGUGUCACAUCGGUUAUACGGGCGAUCCGUAUCGUUAUUGUCAUGUGGAGCCAGCAGCACCUAUUCGUCAAGCGCCACCAACCAAUCCUUGCCAACCCUCGCCAUGUGGUCCCAACUCGCAGUGUCGUGAACUCAACGGUCAGGCGGUGUGUUCGUGUUUGGAGCGUUAUGUCGGUGUACCGCCGAAUUGCCGGCCGGAAUGUGUACUUAGCACUGAGUGCCCCUACGAUAAGGCGUGCAUCAAUCAACAUUGUCAAGAUCCUUGUCCCGGCACGUGUGGCACGAAUGCCGAGUGCCGCGUGCGUAAUCACAGUCCUUUAUGUCAGUGCCGUAACGGUUUUACUGGCGAUGCUUUCACGCGUUGCUAUCCCAUACCACCUGCGCCACCAGCAAUUUCGUAUAUUGAACGUGAUCCUUGCGUACCCUCGCCUUGUGGGCCACACAGCGAGUGCCGCAACAUCAACGGUGUCCCAUCUUGUUCCUGUUUGCAGAGUUACAUUGGCGCGCCACCCAACUGCCAUCCGGAAUGUACCAUAAGCGCUGAGUGUCCAUCGAACAAGGCUUGCAUACGCGAAAAAUGCAUCGAUCCUUGCCCUGGCUCUUGCGGCUUUUCCGCGGAGUGUAGUGUCGUCAAUCACACACCCAUUUGUACGUGUCCCGAUGGCUAUACCGGCGAUCCCUUCACCAAUUGUCGUCCGCAGCCACCAGAACCUAUCAUUAAUGAACCCACCGAUCCUUGUCAUCCGUCGCCUUGUGGCGCAAAUGCUCAAUGCAAUAACGGCAUUUGCACAUGUCUGCCCGAAUACCAGGGUGAUCCGUACACAGGUUGUCGUCCCGAAUGUGUUUUGAAUACAGACUGUCCGCGCGAUAAGGCAUGCUUGCGCAGCAAAUGCGCUAAUCCCUGUCCCGGCACAUGCGGCGAAAACGCCAUUUGUGACAUCAUAAACCAUAUACCCAUGUGCAGGUGUCCAGAUGGCACGGUCGGUAGUGCCUUCAUCCGUUGCAGUCCGGCACCAAGUAAGCUCGCGUACUUUCAUUUAGCCCCACCUAAAGGUACUUAUAACUUGUGUACGUCUUUACCAGAAAUUAUAGCCACAAAUCCAUGCCAACCCUCACCUUGCGGUCCGAACUCUCAAUGCCGCGAAGUCAACCAACAAGCCGUCUGUUCCUGCCUGCCCAACUUCAUGGGUAGUCCGCCAACUUGCCGUCCUGAAUGUGUGUCGAAUUCUGAUUGUGCGCCUACACAGGCUUGCCUGAACCAGAAGUGCGGUGACCCAUGUCCCGGUACUUGCGGCAUCGGCGCCAAAUGCACUGUCGUCAAUCACAGUCCCUUCUGCACCUGUCCGCCGCGUUUCAGUGGCAAUCCCUUCGUACGCUGCCAACCGAUUAUCGAACCACCCCGCGACAUCACACCAACAGAUCCUUGCCGUCCAUCGCCUUGCGGUCCAUACUCACAGUGUCGUCCUAUUGGGGAAGCGCCAUCAUGUUCCUGCCUCGAGUCAUACAUAGGGCGUCCGCCAAAUUGUCGUCCUGAAUGCGUCACAAGUUCAGACUGCGCCAGCUCUUUGGCAUGUAUCAAUCAGAAAUGUGUUGAUCCUUGCCCUGGACGCUGUGGCUUGAAUGCAGAAUGCCGUGUGGUCAGCCAUGCAGUUCAGUGCAAUUGUGUGGUUGGUUAUACAGGCGAUCCAUUCGUGCAAUGUAGCCUGCCGCCAGAACGUGACGUUGUUGAAAUACGCACACCUUGUAGUCCGAGUCCGUGUGGCCCCAAUGCAGUAUGUCGCGAGCGCAACGGCGCUGGUUCAUGCACAUGUUUGCCCGAAUACUUUGGUAACCCCUACGAGGGCUGUCGCCCUGAAUGUGUAAUGGAUUCAGACUGUCCGUCGAAUAAGGCGUGCCAGCAACAAAAGUGUCAGGAUCCUUGUCCGGGCACGUGUGGUCAGAAUGCCGAUUGCCAAGUGGUCAACCAUUUGCCAUCUUGUACUUGCAUUACUGGCUACAUCGGUGACCCAUAUCGUAUUUGCACGCGUCCUGUUGAACCCAUGCGCACCGAGUACGUCAAUCCAUGCCAACCCUCGCCCUGUGGUCCUAAUUCUCAGUGUCGCGAAGCUAAUGAACAGGCUGUCUGCUCUUGCCUGCCGGAAUUUAUAGGUACGCCACCAGCAUGUCGCCCCGAAUGCACCAUUUCUUCUGAAUGUGCCACCGAUAAGGCUUGCAUAAAUCAGAAAUGCGCGGACCCAUGCGCAGCCGAUCCAUGUGGCAGCAAUGCACAAUGCCGCGUUAGAAAUCACAGCCCGAUUUGUACUUGCAACAAUGGAUUCACCGGCGAUGCAUUUACAAGAUGCUACCCUAUACCACCGCCACCUAUCGAAAUUGAACGCGAAGAAUAUCGUGACCCUUGCCUACCCUCACCUUGUGGCCCCAACGCAGAAUGUCGUAAUGUAAAUGGCGUACCAUCUUGCUCUUGCUUGGCGACGUUCAUCGGUCAGCCACCCAACUGCCGCCCAGAGUGCACCAUCAAUGCCGAGUGCCCCAGUCAGCAGGCUUGUAUCAAUCAGAAAUGUCGCGAUCCCUGUCCAGGCGCUUGUGGCCAAAACACAGUAUGCCGUGUAAUCAAUCAUACGCCGACAUGCCUGUGCAUAGACAAUUACGUAGGCAAUCCGUUCAUCAGCUGCAGUCCGAAACCACCAGCACCUACUCAAGCACCAGUGCACGACGAUCCGUGCGUGCCAUCACCGUGCGGCCCGAAUGCACAAUGUAACAAUGGCCAAUGCACUUGUAUACCUGAAUAUCAGGGUGAUCCUUUUGUAGGUUGCCGUCCAGAAUGUGUUCUCAAUUCAGAUUGUGCGCGUGAUCGCGCCUGUGUUCGCAACAAAUGCAUCGAUCCUUGUCCCGGCACUUGUGGCACGAAUGCGAUUUGCGUUGUCAACAAUCACGUACCCAUGUGCCAUUGUCCGGAUAAUAUGUCGGGCAACGCGUUCUUUGAAUGUCGCGUCAACGAAACGCCAAUUUUGAGAAAUCCAUGUCAACCAUCGCCUUGUGGCCCUAAUAGCCAGUGUCGUGAGGUACAAAACGUAGGCGUCUGCUCUUGUCUACCGAGCUUUAUAGGUAGUCCACCGCAAUGUCGUCCGGAAUGUACAACAAACUCCGAUUGUCCGCCAGAUCAGGCUUGUCAGAACUCUAAGUGUCGCGAUCCAUGUCCAGGCACAUGUGGUUUCAAUGCCGUAUGCAAUGUCGUCAAUCACAAUCCAUUCUGUAUAUGUCGCGAUCAAAUGACUGGAGAUCCAUUUGUACGCUGCCAGCAGAUAAUUACUCCCAUUGCUGAUGUCACACCUGCCAAUCCAUGCAUUCCCUCGCCCUGUGGUCCGAACUCCGAGUGCCGCGUAACGGGUGACUCGCCGUCAUGCUCAUGUCUGCCAGAUUUUACAGGUUCACCGCCAAACUGUCGUCCCGAAUGUGUUUCGAACUCAGAGUGUCCAUCGGCGCAAGCCUGCAUAAACCAAAAGUGUAAAGACCCAUGUCCUGGUUUGUGUGGCCUGAAUGCUAAUUGUCGCGUCUUCAGUCACACACCAAUGUGUCUGUGUGCAGUCGGUUUCACUGGCGAUCCAUUCUCGCAAUGUAACCCAGUGCAAGCUGCGCCAAUUGAAGUAUUAAGGCCAUGCAAUCCCAGUCCAUGUGGCGCCAAUGCUAAAUGCGAAGAACGCGAUGGCGCCGGUUCUUGUCAGUGCUUACCCGAGUACUUUGGUAACCCAUAUGAAGGCUGUCGUCCAGAAUGUGUGCUCAACACAGAUUGUCCAUCGAACAAGGCUUGUCAAAAUCAGAAAUGCGUCGAUCCAUGCCCAGGUACUUGUGGUACGAAUGCAAUAUGCCAGGUUAUCAACCAUGUACCUUCGUGUGAAUGCUAUGCCGGCUACAUUGGUGAUCCAUAUCGACUGUGUCAAGUUGUGCAAGAAGAACCGGCCAGAGUUUACGUUAAUCCCUGUCAACCGUCGCCUUGUGGGCCCAACUCCCAAUGUCGCGAAGUUAACGGUCAAGGCGUUUGUUCUUGCCUACCUGAGUACGUCGGCAGUCCACCUGCCUGUCGACCGGAAUGCACAUCAAGCUCUGAUUGUGCCUCCGAUAAGGCAUGCAUUAAUAGGAAAUGUGUUAAUCCUUGCCCGGGUGUCUGCGGGCAGAAUGCUGAAUGCCGUGUUAGGAAUCACAGUCCCAUCUGUACUUGCAACAAUGGCUUCACUGGCGAUGCGUUCACGCGCUGUUUCCGUAUUAUAACACCACCAUCACCGCCACCACCACAACGUGAACCACAAGAUCCCUGCGUACCCUCACCGUGUGGUCCCAACUCACAGUGUCGCGACGCGCAUGGCACACCCUCCUGUUCUUGCCUGCCGAACUACCUUGGUACGCCACCAGCCUGUCGUCCCGAAUGCAGUCUCAACUCGGAAUGUCCCAGUCAUCAGGCAUGUAUCAAUCAGAAAUGUCGCGACCCCUGCCCAGGUUCUUGCGGCCUCAGCGCAUUGUGUAACGUUAUAAAUCACACACCAAUAUGCACGUGCCAGAUCGGCUACACUGGCGAUCCUUUCACCAUCUGCAAUCCGCUACCACCACCGCGAAUCGAAGUUGUGCCCCAAGACGAUCCGUGCGUGCCAUCACCCUGCGGUCCAAAUUCGCAAUGUAACAACGGCCAAUGCACAUGCAUACCGGAGUAUCAGGGUGAUCCCUACACAGGAUGCCGUCCAGAGUGUGUGCUUCACACCGAUUGCGCUCGAGAUCGUGCCUGCGUACGCCAUAAAUGCAUUGAUCCCUGCCCCGGUACAUGCGCUUCCAAUGCCAUAUGCGAGGUUAUGAACCAUAUACCCAUUUGCCGUUGUCCGGACGGUAUGGAAGGCAAUGCUUUUGUACAAUGCACACCAACACCGAAGUUGGAUGUACCGCAGAAUCCUUGUCAACCAACACCUUGCGGUCCGAAUAGCCAGUGUCGUGAGGUUAACCAGCAAGCCGUUUGUUCCUGUAUCGCAUCCUUCAUCGGCAGUCCACCCUUCUGUCGUCCGGAAUGCACAACCAAUUCCGAGUGCCCGCUCAAUCAAGCUUGUCUCAAUCAGAAAUGCAACGAUCCUUGCCCAGGCGUUUGCGGCAACAAUGCGCUGUGCCAUGUCACUAAUCAUAGUCCGUUCUGUCGCUGCCCCGAUAGAUAUUCGGGUAAUCCAUUUAUCAGCUGCCAACAAAUUUUAGAAUCACCGGCACCUCGUCCGCCUAGUCAGCCUUGUGUACCAUCACCAUGCGGUCCGUAUUCAGAAUGUCGUGUGGUGGGUGAGCAGCCUUCGUGCACUUGCUUGCCUGAUUACAGCGGCGCGCCACCCAAUUGCCGACCCGAAUGCGUGACUAGCUCAGAAUGUGCUACAAACUUGGCCUGUAUUAAUCAGAAAUGCAAAGAUCCCUGUCCCGGUUUGUGUGGCAAUAGCGCUCUCUGCCGUGUACUUUCACACACACCAAGCUGCUAUUGUCCCGCCGGCUUGGAAGGAGAUCCAUUCGUACAAUGUGUGGAAGUGAAAAUCCCACAACUUGAUCAUAUCGAUCCUUGCAAUCCAAGUCCAUGCGGUCCGAAUGCGCGUUGCGUGCAACGCAAUGAUGCCGGCUCAUGCCAAUGUCUACCUGAAUAUUUUGGUAAUCCAUAUGAAGGCUGUAGGCCCGAGUGCAUGCUCAAUUCCGAUUGUCCAUCCAACAAAGCCUGUCAGAACAUGAAGUGCCGCGACCCAUGCCCAGGCACCUGUGGACAAAAUGCCAACUGUGCGGUGUUGAACCACGUGCCAACAUGCAGUUGUCUGUCGGGCUAUAGUGGUGAUCCAUACCGCGCUUGUCAAAUCGAGAAACAACCUAUCAAGGAAUAUGUCAACCCGUGUCAACCUUCGCCGUGUGGCCCCAAUUCGCAGUGCCGUGAAAUAAACGAACAGCCUGUAUGUUCAUGCCUCCCCGAAUACAUUGGCAGUCCGCCACUUUGCCGCCCUGAGUGCACCAUCUCGACCGAGUGCGCAUUGGACCGGGCGUGUAUCAAUCAGAAAUGCGUCGAUCCCUGCCCGGGCACAUGCGGUCAGAAUGCCAAUUGUCGCGUACAUAACCACAGUCCUCUAUGUUCUUGCCGCGCAGGUUACACUGGAGAUGCUUUCUCGCGUUGUUUUGCUAUACCACCCAAACCACCAGCACCAGUGCAACGUCAGCCCGUUGAUCCUUGCGUGCCCUCACCAUGUGGUCCGCAUUCGCAAUGUCGUCGUAUUGGUGAUUCGCCAUCGUGCUCUUGCCUUCCUAACUACAUUGGGGCGCCACCAAAUUGCCGCCCGGAGUGUACUAUCAACGCGGAGUGUCCAAGCAACCAAGCGUGUAUCAACGAAAAAUGUCGCGAUCCUUGUCCCGGCUCUUGCGGUUUAGGCGCUAUCUGUAAUGUUAUCAAUCACACACCGAGCUGUGUCUGUCCCACGGGAUAUACUGGCGAUCCCUUUACUUAUUGUCUGCCAGAACCACCGCCAAAGCCGCCUGUCAAAGAUGAUCCCUGCAAUCCCUCACCCUGCGGUUCAAAUGCCCAAUGCAACGAUGGCAUUUGUACAUGUCUACCGGAAUACCAGGGCGAUCCUUACAACGGCUGUCGCCCCGAAUGUGUUCUCAGCACCGACUGUCCACGCGACCGUGCCUGCAUACGCAAUAAAUGUGUCGAUCCUUGCCCAGGCACGUGUGCUUCAAAUGCUCUUUGUAGCGUCAUCAAUCAUAUACCAAUCUGUUCGUGUCCAAACGGCAUGUCGGGCAACGCGUUUAUCCAAUGCUCGCCGAUACCACCACCCGCCAAGGUCAACCCUUGUCAGCCCUCUCCCUGCGGUCCUAAUUCACAAUGCCGUGAAGUGAAUGAGCAGGCUGUCUGCUCCUGCAUACCAGGCUACAUAGGCGCUCCUCCAAGCUGCCGUCCCGAGUGUACUGCUAAUCAGGAGUGUGCGGCCAACUUGGCAUGUGUAAAUCAGAAAUGUGUUGACCCUUGCCCUGGCAGUUGCGGACGUAACGCACAGUGCAACACCGUCAAUCACAAUCCUUUCUGCACGUGUCUACCGCAAUACACAGGUAAUCCAUUUGUCGCCUGCCAACGCAUCAUCGAACAACCGCAGCUGGACGUCUCACCAACCAAUCCUUGCCACCCCUCACCUUGUGGACCCAAUUCAGAAUGUCGUUCAGUGGGCGACACACCAUCGUGCAGUUGUCUAGCCAACUUCAUAGGCACACCACCGUACUGCAAGCCAGAAUGUGUCUCGAACUCGGAGUGUCCCUCAACGAAGGCCUGCAUCAAUCAGAAAUGUAAAGAUCCUUGCCCAGGCCUGUGUGGCUCCAGUGCUGAAUGUCACGUCGUAUCGCAUACACCACGCUGCAUUUGCUUACCUGGCUUCACAGGUGAUCCGUUCACGCUUUGUCAGCCAGUACGUAUUUCCGCGCCUAUUGAAGUACUCAAUCCAUGUUCGCCAUCGCCUUGCGGCGCCAACGCAAACUGCCUCGAACGUAAUGGCGCGGGCGCUUGCCAAUGCCUGUCUGAAUAUUAUGGUAAUCCCUAUGAGGGCUGCCGUCCAGAGUGCGUGCUUAAUUCGGACUGCCCCUCGAACAAAGCGUGUCAGAAUCAAAAAUGUCGCGAUCCGUGUCCAGGUACCUGUGGACAGAAUGCCGAAUGUAAUGUCGUCAAUCAUAUACCAACUUGCAACUGCUACGUGGGUUACACCGGAGAUCCGUACCGCUAUUGUACAAGACCAGCUGAACCCAUAGUACAAGAGUACGUAAACCCAUGUCAACCCAGCCCAUGUGGACCGAAUUCCCAAUGUCGCGAAGUUAACGGUCAAGCUGUCUGCUCAUGCCUUAGUGAGUUUAUUGGUGUGCCACCAUCCUGUAGACCCGAGUGUACAUCCAGUUCAGAAUGUGCCAGCGAUAAGGCGUGUAUUAAUCGUAAAUGUGUCGACCCUUGCCCGGGUGUUUGUGGACAAAGCGCCAUUUGUCAGGUGCGCAAUCAUAGUCCAAUAUGUUCCUGUCGCACCGGCUUGACAGGCGAUCCAUUCGUGCGUUGUUACCCACUACCACCGCCAACACCACCACAACCCGCCGAUGUCUAUCGUGAUCCCUGCGUGCCAUCGCCAUGUGGCCCAUACGCCACUUGUCGCGUUCAAAACAAUGUGCCAUCUUGUACGUGCCAGCCGAACUAUAUAGGCGCCCCACCAAACUGUCGACCCGAGUGUUCGAUGAAUUCUGACUGCCCGAGCAGUCAGGCGUGUAUUAAUGAGCGUUGCCGUGACCCCUGUCCAGGUGCAUGCGGUGUGAAUACUGUGUGUAAUGUUGUAAAUCAUAUACCCAACUGCGUUUGUCAACCCGGUUAUAUAGGCGAUGCAUUCGUUGCUUGCCAGCCAGCGCCACCACCUCCACCACCGCAACAAGAACCCAUUGAUCCUUGCAAUCCUAGCCCCUGUGGGGCCAACGCAAUCUGUUCCGGUGAUGGACAAUGCGCUUGUCUCGCCGACUACCAGGGUGAUCCGUAUGUCGCCUGCAAACCGGAGUGCAUACUUAACACCGAGUGCGAGCGUGAUCGCGCCUGCAUACACCAGAAAUGUGUUGAUCCCUGCCCCGGAACUUGUGGCACGGAGGCCAUUUGCGAAGUUUAUAAUCACGUGCCCAUGUGCCGUUGCCCCGAACGCAUGACUGGCAAUGCAUUUGUGCAAUGCUUAGCAGUACAGACUGAUACUUACCGCAAUCCUUGUCAGCCCUCACCAUGCGGUCCAAACUCACAAUGUCGCGAAGUGAACUCACAAGCCGUAUGCAGCUGUUUACCCAACUACCUAGGCAGCCCGCCGUCUUGCCGUCCAGAAUGCACCACGAACUCUGAUUGCGCGCCGAACCGCGCGUGCCAGAAUCAACGCUGCAUGGAUCCAUGCCCUGGAACUUGUGGAUUGUAUGCGAAAUGCACGGUUGUCAAUCAUAAUCCCUUCUGUACUUGCAAUGAACGCUACACAGGAAACCCCUUCGUGCAGUGUCGUCCGAUAAUUGAGCCAGUGCGAGAUGUUGUGCCAGUCAACCCAUGUCAGCCCUCACCUUGCGGUCCGAACAGUCGCUGUCAACCUGUGGGCGAUUCACCGUCUUGCUCCUGUCUCGAGAACUUCUUUGGUCAGCCACCGAAUUGUCGACCCGAAUGUGUAACAAACUCUGAAUGCGCUUCGAAUAAUGUGUGCCGUAAUAAUCGUUGUGUCGACCCCUGCCCCGGACUAUGCGGAAAUAAUGCGCUGUGUCGUGUUAUAAGCCAUUCAUCAAUGUGUUACUGUGAGAGCGGUUACACUGGCGAUCCAUUUGUGCAGUGCACUUUGAUUGUGCGCGAACCCACUGAAGUUGUUGAUCCAUGCAACCCCAAUCCAUGUGGUCCCUUCGCCGAAUGUCUCCAGCAAAAUGGCGUGGGUUCGUGUAAAUGCCUUGCGGAAUACUUCGGCAAUCCUUAUGAAGGUUGUCGUCCUGAAUGCGUACUCAACACCGAUUGUCCAUCGAACAAGGCGUGUAUCAAUCAGAAAUGUCGCGAUCCCUGCCCGGGUACUUGCGGACUGAAUGCUGAGUGUUUCACCAUAAAUCAUUUGCCCACAUGUUCCUGCUUAUUUGGCUAUGUAGGAGAUCCGUAUCGUUAUUGCGCGGUUGAGGAAAAACCUCCACUACAAGAGUACGUCAAUCCAUGUGAACCAACACCCUGCGGCCCGAAUAGCCAGUGCCGCGAAUUAAAUGGCCAAGCCGUCUGCUCUUGCCUGCCGGAGUUUAUCGGCACACCACCCGCCUGCAGACCUGAGUGUACAAUUAGUGCUGAGUGCAGCUUCGAUAAGGCGUGCAUUAAUCAGAAGUGCGCCGAUCCAUGUCCAGGCGUUUGCGGAACCGGCGCUCAAUGUCAAGUGCGCAACCACGCACCACUCUGCUCUUGUCAAAACGGCUACACUGGAGAUCCGUUUACCCGUUGCUAUCCCAUACCUCCGCCACCACCGACUGUUUUUGCUGAACCAAUACGCGAUCCUUGCUUGCCGUCACCAUGUGGCCCCAAUUCGCAGUGCAGAAAUGCGAACGGUCAACCGGCGUGCUCUUGCCUGCCUCAGUUCUUUGGAUCACCACCAAACUGUCGGCCCGAGUGUGUCACGAACUCAGAGUGCUCGUCGAAUCUGGCUUGCAUCAAUAAUCGUUGCACAGAUCCUUGUCCGGGCUCGUGUGCUUACAAUGCAGAAUGUAGCGUGAUAAAUCACAUACCGAUUUGCUCGUGUCCGCGUGAAUAUAUCGGCGAUCCAUUCGUCAACUGUCAACCAGCACCACCACCUAAACCACCGGUAAAAGACGACCCCUGUAAUCCUUCACCUUGCGGACCCAACGCAGUGUGCAACGAUGGUCAAUGUUCCUGCAUACCAGAAUAUCAAGGCGACCCACUCGUCGGUUGCCGGCCGGAAUGCGUACUCAACACUGAAUGUCCACAAAAUAAGGCGUGCAUUAGAAAUAAGUGUGUUGAUCCAUGCCCCGGUACGUGCGGAGUCAAUGCCAUCUGCGAGGUGCUUAAUCACGUCCCUAUGUGUCGCUGUCCCGACGGCAUGUCCGGAAAUGCUUUCUACCAAUGUGAUCCACUACCACCAAAAAUCGUAACUGAUCCCUGCCAACCUUCUCCAUGCGGUCCGAAUAGUCGUUGUCGCGUAUUCAAUCAAAACGCUGUUUGCUCUUGCAUUGAAGGUUUCAUCGGUAAUCCGCCUAGCUGUCGUCCGGAAUGUGUACGGAAUUCUGAUUGCGGUCCACAAAAGGCCUGCCAGAAUCAAAAAUGCGUCGAUCCUUGUCCGGGCGCAUGCGGUUUCAAAGCGAUUUGUAACGUAGUAAAUCAUGCGCCCAUAUGUACAUGUCCCGUUCAUCACACUGGAAAUCCAUUCGUAUCCUGUCAACCGAUAAUUGAACCGCCACCACGUUUGGAAGCGCCCAAGGAUCCAUGCUACCCGUCGCCUUGUGGCCCGAAUUCCGAGUGUCGCGCUGUCGGAGAUGCACCAUCUUGCUCUUGCUUACCGCAAUUUAUCGGCGCCCCACCAAACUGUCAUCCGGAAUGUGUAACAAAUAGCGAAUGCAGUCAAGAUAAGGCUUGUAUUAACCAAAAAUGCAUCGAUCCCUGCCCUGGCUUAUGCGGUCAGAAUGCACAGUGUCGUGUGAUUAGUCAUACAGCAAUGUGUCUCUGUGCGGCUGGCUACACUGGCGAUCCGUUUUCGUUCUGCAUGCCGGAACCUGUAAAACAAGUGGACUUCGUCUCGCCAUGUGAACCAAACCCGUGUGGUGUUAACGCCGAGUGUCGCCAAGUGAAUAACGCAGGCUCAUGUCAGUGUUUGCCCCAGUACUUUGGUAAUCCUUAUGAGGGUUGUCGCCCAGAAUGUAUAACGAACUCGGACUGUCCGCUGGAUAAAUCUUGUCAGAAUCAGAAAUGUCGCGAUCCUUGCCCGGGUGUCUGCGCGCUAAAUGCGCAAUGUCGCGUUAUCAAUCACCUGCCUUCUUGUGUAUGUUUGGAUGGUUUCAUAGGCGAUCCCUAUAGCUAUUGUCAGUUACCGGAAAAGCCGAUCAUGAAAGAGUACGUCAACCCAUGCCAGCCAUCACCCUGCGGACCCAAUUCCCAAUGUCGGGAAGUGAAUAAUCAAGCUGUUUGCUCAUGUCUGCCCACAUUUAUUGGUACACCGCCUGCGUGCAGACCAGAGUGUACGACGAGUGCCGAAUGCGCACUCGAUAAAGCGUGCAUCAAUCAGAAAUGUCAGGAUCCUUGUCCGGGUACUUGUGGCACAAAUGCAGAAUGUCACGUGCGCAAUCACUCACCGCUGUGUAGUUGCCUUAGUGGUUACACAGGCAAUGCUUUCACGCGCUGUUAUCCUAUACCACCGCCACCACAAGCUGCGACCCCACCAGAACCAGUACGCAAUCCAUGCGUACCCUCGCCUUGUGGUCAAUUCGCCGAAUGUCGUGAUAUCAACGGCAGCCCGUCGUGCUCGUGUCUACCUACCUAUAUCGGUAGUCCACCCACCUGCCAUCCGGAGUGUACUAGAAACUCAGAUUGCGCCAGCACACAAGCUUGCAUAAAUGAAAAAUGUCGCGACCCUUGUCCCGGCGCGUGCGGCUUCAAUGCGAACUGUAAUGUUAUAAAUCAUACGCCUAUUUGUCAGUGCACACCUGGCUUGCGAGGCGACCCAUUUGUCUCUUGCCAAGCACCACCACAACCACCACCAAAACUUGCAGAAGAUCCAUGCAAUCCCUCGCCCUGUGGUCCCAACACUGUAUGCCGCGAUGGACAGUGUGAAUGCAUACCGGAAUAUCAGGGCAACCCGUUGAUAGGCUGCCGUCCAGAAUGUGUUUUAAACACCGACUGCCCAUUCGACAAGGCGUGCAAACGUCAGAAGUGCACAGAUCCUUGCCCGGGUACUUGUGCCUCGAAUGCCAUUUGCGAGGUGCAUAACCACAUACCAAUGUGUCAUUGUCCAGAAGGUAUGACUGGCAAUGCAUUCGCACUAUGCCAGCCACUUCCCGCCCCAGUGCAAGUGAAUCCUUGUCAACCCUCACCUUGUGGCCCGAAUUCGCAAUGUCGCGUUGUCAAUCAACAAGCUGUGUGCUCGUGCUUGCCUGAGUUUAUUAGUGCUCCACCAUCCUGCCGUCCGGAGUGUACCAGCAAUGCGGAAUGUGCAUUAAAUCGUGCGUGCCUGCAGCAGAAAUGUCGCGAUCCCUGUCCGGGAGUUUGUGGUAUCAACGCGGAAUGCAGUGUCAUCAAUCAUGCGCCGAUUUGUCGAUGUGCCAAUUCAUACUCUGGCAAUCCAUUUGUGGCCUGCAUGCCUAUACGAAUUGUACCGCAGUUGGACGUUGCCCCGAAGGAUCCUUGUCGUCCAUCGCCUUGCGGUCCCAACGCCGAGUGUCGCGCAGUUGGCGAUAGUCCAUCGUGCUCAUGUCUCAAGGAGUUCAUUGGUGCACCGCCUAAUUGCCGUCCUGAAUGUGUAACCAACUCUGAGUGUCCGCUUUCGCAGGCAUGCAUAAAUCAACGCUGUCAAAAUCCCUGUCCCGGCGUAUGUGGCGCUAAUGCACAAUGUCAUGUCAUAAAUCAUACGCCGAUGUGUAUUUGUACAAACGGCUACACAGGAGAUCCAUUCAGCUAUUGUGACGUCGUACGCGAUGUGCCACAAGAAGUGCUGAAUCCUUGCCAACCAAGUCCUUGUGGUCCCAACACUGCAUGUAUCGUACGUAACGGCGCUGGCGCCUGUCAGUGUUUGCCUGAAUUUGUAGGAAAUCCAUAUGAGGGUUGUCGGCCCGAGUGCGUAGUGAACUCUGACUGUCCUACGGACAAAGCUUGUUUGCAGAAUAAAUGCAAGGAUCCAUGUCCUGGUACUUGUGGCCAGAAUGCCCUCUGCCAUGUACGCAAUCAUUUGCCAAGCUGCAACUGCUUAAGUGGUUACACAGGCAAUCCGUACAGCUACUGCAGCGUAAUAACCGAACCGAAAUUCGAUGUCGUUAACCCCUGUCAACCAUCGCCUUGUGGACCAAAUUCCCAGUGUAAAGAAGUCAAGCAGCAAGCGGUUUGCUCUUGUUUACCCAUGUUCAUCGGCAGCCCACCGGACUGUCGACCCGAAUGCACCAUUUCUAGUGAAUGUGCGCUUGACAAGGCGUGCGUCAAUCAAAAGUGUGUUGAUCCUUGCCCAGGCGUCUGCGGUCUCCACUCUGAAUGUCGCGUACGUAACCAUAGCCCGCUUUGCAGUUGUCAUGCAGGUUACACCGGCGAUGCCUUCACUAGAUGUUACCCAAUACCGCCGCCACCAACUGUGCCGGUUAUUAGAGAGGAGUAUCGCGAUCCCUGUGUUCCAUCUCCUUGUGGUAGCAACGCUAUCUGUCGCAACGUCAACGGUCAGGCCUCAUGCUCUUGUUUACCCAACUAUUUGGGCGCGCCACCUAGCUGUCGUCCCGAGUGUUCCAUCAAUGCCGAAUGUCCAGCGCACUUAGCGUGCAUAAAUGAAAAGUGCCGCGAUCCUUGUCCAGGAUCUUGCGGCUUCGCAGCGAUUUGCAAUGUAAUUAACCACACGCCAAUAUGCACUUGCCCAGCCGACUAUACCGGUGACCCGUUUACAAGUUGCGCGCCCAAGCCGCCCGAAAUCAAAUUGCCCUUGAAAGAUCCCUGCAACCCGUCACCCUGCGGCAGCAAUGCUGUUUGUAGAAAUGGAGAAUGCGCCUGUCUACCCGAGUAUCAAGGCAACGCCUACAUUGGUUGUCGCCCCGAGUGUGUACUCAAUACGGAUUGCGCGCGCGAUAAGGCUUGUAUUAGAAAUAAAUGUGUCGACCCUUGUCCCGGUACCUGCGGUCUAGGCGCCAUCUGCGAUGUCUUCAAUCACAUACCGAUGUGCCACUGCCCCGAGGGCAUGACGGGCAACGCAUUCGUGCAAUGCUCAAUAGUACAACAAACAACGCCAGCGGUAGUGAACACCUGCCAGCCUUCACCCUGUGGCCCCAAUUCUCAGUGCACCGAAAUUAAUCAGCAAGCCGUGUGCGCUUGCCUGCCUGACUAUUUUGGCGUACCACCCAACUGCCGACCUGAAUGCAGCAUUAACUCGGACUGUGCACCGAACAUGGCCUGCGUGAACCAUAAAUGCCGAGAUCCUUGUCCAGGCAGCUGUGGCGUGCGCGCUAUUUGUUCUGUCAUUAAUCACGCACCAUUCUGCAGCUGUCCUAGCGGUUACACCGGCAACGCCCAUACCUUGUGUCAACUCUUGCCGCCACCACCGAGCCCGCAACGAGAACCCACAAACCCCUGCGUACCAUCACCGUGCGGUCCCAACUCACAAUGCACUGAUAGGAACAGCUCACCAUCAUGCACUUGCCUACCGGAUUAUAUUGGCGCACCACCCAACUGCCGCCCGGAGUGCUUAUCAUCAUCGGAAUGCCCUAGCAACCAGGCUUGUAUUAAUAUGAAGUGUCGUGAUCCUUGCCCCGGUGUAUGUGGUACAUCAGCCACCUGUCAUGUGGUUAGCCAUACGCCCUCUUGUGUCUGCAUCGCCGGUUAUGUGGGUGAUCCGUUCACGCAGUGCUACCCCGAACCAAUAGUUGAACGCGAGCAGAUCAAUCCGUGCGUACCCAGCCCCUGUGGCAGUAAUGCUAUCUGCACCACACAAAAUAACGCCGGCGCAUGUAAAUGUUUGCCCGAAUAUUUCGGCAAUCCCUAUGACGGUUGUCGCCCCGAAUGUACCACAAAUUCUGAUUGUCCAUCGAAUAAGGCAUGUCGCAAUCAGAAAUGUCAAGACCCUUGUCCUGGUGUUUGCGGUCAAAAUGCACAAUGUUACGCGAUUAAUCAUUUACCUACUUGUACUUGUCUGUCUGGCUAUACAGGAGAUCCGUACAGCUAUUGCAACGUGCCGAAAGAACCAAUAAGAGAAUAUGUAAAUCCUUGCGUACCAUCGCCUUGUGGCCCGAAUUCGCAAUGUCGUGAAGUGCAAGAACAAGCGGUCUGCUCUUGCUUACCUGACUUCAUUGGCAACCCGCCUUCUUGUCGCCCCGAAUGUACAACGAACUCCGAAUGUGCCGCCGAUAAGGCGUGCAUAAACAAGAAGUGUCAAGAUCCCUGUCCCGGCACGUGUGGCUCGAAUGCUGAGUGUAGCAUACGCACGCAUAACCCCUACUGUAGUUGUCGGCCCGGUUAUACUGGUGACGCUUUUGUGCGUUGCUACCCCAUACCGCCACCGCCACCACCAGCACGCGAACCUUAUCGCGACCCCUGUGUACCCUCGCCAUGUGGUCAAUACGCCGUCUGCCGCGUGACAAAUGAUCAACCUGCGUGUUCGUGUCUGCCAUCUUAUAGCGGUACUGCACCCAAUUGUCGCCCGGAAUGUGUAGUAAACUCGGACUGUACCAGCAACCACGCUUGCGUCAAUGAGAAGUGUCGCGAUCCAUGUCCUGGGUCUUGUGGCGUGAACGCCGAAUGUAAUGUGCUUAACCAUAUACCAGCCUGCACGUGCCCCAUUGGCUACACUGGUAAUCCAUUCACCAGCUGUUACGCGCAACCAGCACCACCACCACCAUCCACGCCAUCUGAUGAUCCUUGCAUACCGUCGCCUUGUGGCACCAACGCGCAAUGCAGUGAUGGCAUUUGCACCUGCAUCGCUGAGUAUCAGGGCGAUCCAUACACUGGUUGCCGUCCUGAAUGUAUUUUGAAUAGCGAAUGCCCACGUGAUAUGUCGUGUAUCAAUCAGAAAUGUCGGGACCCUUGUCCCGGAACUUGCGCCUCGAAUGCCAUCUGCGAAGUACAUAACCACGUUCCUAUGUGUCACUGUCCGGCGGGCAUGCAAGGUAAUGCAUUUGUACAGUGUCAGCCGGUACCCGAGCGUCCAGCUGAACCUGUACAUCCAUGCCAGCCGUCACCUUGUGGUCCCAACUCACAGUGUCAGGAUAGGAAUGGUAUAGCAAUUUGCACUUGUGUACAAAAUAUGAUUGGUACACCGCCUGCGUGCCACCCCGAAUGCGUUAGCAACUCUGAGUGUCCAAUGAAUCGCGCCUGCAUCAACCAGGAAUGUAGCGACCCCUGUCCGGGCGCUUGCGGCCACAACGCGCUCUGCAACAUAGUCAGUCAUAAUCCAAUCUGUUCUUGUCCAGCGGGCUACACUGGCAGUCCAUUCGUCGCUUGUCAGCCAAUCAUUACUCCACCAUCUUAUGAGGAACCUCGUGAUCCCUGCCGUCCAUCACCUUGCGGUCCUAACGCACAAUGUAGCAAUAUUAAUGGCGCGCCAUCUUGUACUUGCUUAAGUGAAUUCAUAGGCGCACCACCAAAUUGUCGUCCCGAAUGUAUUUCCAACUCGGAGUGUCCAUCUGAUAAGGCCUGCAUCAAUCGGAAAUGUCGCGAUCCUUGUCCCGGUCUGUGUGGCUCCAAUGCGCAAUGUCGCGCUCUGAACCAUAUACCAAACUGCGUUUGUGAGCAGGGAUACGUUGGAGAUCCGUUUAGCAUUUGCCGUCUACCACUUCCACCACCACCGUCACCUGUACCGGACUACGUAGAUCCAUGCAUACCAAGCCCCUGUGGAGACAAUGCAGAAUGCCGUCGUCAUAACAACGUUGGAUCUUGUGUCUGCCUACCUGACUACUUUGGUAACCCGUACCAGGGUUGUCGCCCCGAGUGUGUGCUAAACAGUGAUUGCCCGUCAAAUAAGGCCUGCGUUCAGCGCAAAUGUCGUGAUCCAUGCCCGGGUGCUUGUGGCCGCAACGCCGAGUGCCAGGUUGUGAAUCAUCUGCCAGUUUGCCACUGUUUGAAUGGCUACACGGGCAAUCCGUUUAGUUUAUGCUCGCCUGUUAAGCAAUUGGAACCAGUUUACGUAAAUCCCUGCAUACCAUCACCUUGCGGCCCGAACGCUCAAUGUCACGAAGUUAACCAGCAAGCUAUUUGCUCUUGCUUACCUGAAUUCGUUGGCUCACCACCUGCCUGUCGUCCAGAGUGUACCGUUAAUGCGGAAUGUGCGCUCACACAAGCCUGUAUAAAUCGUAAAUGCGCUGAUCCUUGUCCGGGCACCUGCGGUCAGAAUGCGGAAUGCCGCGUUUACAAUCACAACCCUAUUUGUUCGUGCAGAACAAGCUAUACCGGAGAUGCUUUCACCCGCUGUUAUCCAAUAACUUCCCCACCGCCGCCAGCUAUCGCAGACGUUUUACCAGCCACACCCCCUCCACCAAGUAAUCCCUGCAAUCCGUCACCUUGCGGCCAAUACUCGCAAUGUCACAGCCGCAAUGGUGCUGCAAUUUGCUCAUGUCUACCCAGCUACGUAGGUAGUCCGCCAAAUUGUCGCCCCGAGUGUGUUGUACAUUCCGAUUGCCCCUCGAAUCGCGCUUGCAUCAAUGAGAAGUGUCGUGACCCAUGUCCCGGCUCGUGCGGCUUCAAUGCGAUCUGCAAUGUUCUCAACCAUGUGCCGAACUGCGUGUGUCCAGCUGGUUAUGUAGGAGAUCCGUUCAGCAGUUGCCAGCCGGAACCACCGAAACCAGUACAACGUGAACCCAUCAAGCAAGAUCCUUGCGUACCAUCACCUUGUGGCGCCAAUGCCGUCUGCAGUGGAGAAGGAGUGUGCACAUGUCUACCCGACUAUAUGGGCGACGCUUACAGUGGCUGCCGACCGGAGUGUGUGCUCAAUAGCGAUUGCGCACGUGAUCGCGCUUGCAUCAAUCAGAAAUGCAAAGAUCCGUGCCCGGGAACUUGCGGCGCACAAGCGCUAUGCAAUGUUAUAAAUCACAUACCGAUGUGUUCGUGUGCCGACGGCUUCACCGGCAACGCUUUCGUGCGUUGUGAUAGCAUACCAACCGCUGAACCUCCUGCGCCUGUGUAUCCCUGCCAUCCUUCCCCUUGUGGCCCGAACUCUCAGUGUCGCGAAGCGCAUGAGCAAGCUAUAUGUUCUUGCUUACCUGGCUUUAUUGGCGCUCCACCAUCCUGUCGUCCAGAGUGCGUCUCAAGCACGGAGUGUACGCUCGAUAAGUUCUGCUUAAAUCAACGUUGCCAGGAUCCUUGCGCCGGUGCUUGCGGUCUACGCGCCAUUUGUCAUCCGCAAAAUCAUAGCCCUAUAUGCGCUUGCCCACAACGCUACACGGGCGAUCCAUUUAUUGCUUGUCAACCCAUAAUUACACCACCCCCAGCACCAGUACGUGAUGAAAAGCCUACGAAUCCCUGCCAACCGUCACCUUGCGGUCCGAACUCCGAAUGUACCGCCACACCUAAUGGCGCACAGUGCACUUGUUUACGCGAAUUUAUCGGCACUGCACCACACUGCCGUCCCGAAUGCGUUACCAGUGCUGAGUGCGCUUCGGACAAGGCAUGCAUUAAUCGCAAGUGCGCCGAUCCUUGUCCAGGCUCGUGUGGCGCUGCAGCCGAGUGUCGUGUGUUGGCGCACAGCGCAAUGUGUUACUGCCCAAGCGGUUAUACCGGCGAUCCCUUUAGCGCGUGCGUGCGACAACAAGAACCGCCUACGGAAGUGGCUCUACCCUGCAGUCCCAGCCCCUGCGGCCCGAAUGCGAUUUGUCAACCGCGAAAUGGCAUUAGCGUAUGCCAAUGUCUACCCAACUACUACGGCAAUCCCUAUGAAGUGUGUCGACCGGAAUGUGUUAGAAACUCAGAUUGCGCAGCGGACAAGGCGUGUCAGAAUCAGAAGUGCCGCGAUCCAUGUCCUGGCACGUGCGGUUCAGACGCUAUGUGUCAUGUCGUCAAUCAUGUACCAAACUGCGCAUGUCUACCUGGUUAUCGCGGCGAUCCGUAUACGCGUUGCACAGUGGUGCAAGCAGAACCCGAACCUAGCGUUCCCGUAAGUCCCUGCCAACCAUCGCCGUGUGGCGCCAAUGCGCAAUGUCGCGAUUCAAAUGGACAAGCCGUCUGUUCCUGCUUGCCCGAUUUCGUAGGCGCUCCACCAGCCUGUCGUCCGGAAUGUGUCGUCAGCUCCGAGUGUCCAUUGGAUAAGGCAUGCAUCAAUCAAAAAUGUAAGGAUCCUUGUCCGGGCGCAUGUGGAAUUAAUGCCGAGUGUCACGUACGUAACCAUAGUCCGUUAUGCGCUUGUAAAUCAGGUUAUACCGGCGAAGCUUUCACCAGCUGUCAACCGAUACCACCGCCGCGUACUCCAGCGCCUGCACCACCGCGCGACGUCAAUCCAUGCAUUCCCUCACCUUGUGGAUCGUACGCACAAUGCCGCGAAGUAAAUGGCGCCGCGACUUGCAGCUGCUUGUCAAAUUAUAUUGGCGCACCACCCAACUGCAGGCCGGAGUGUACAAUCAACGCGGAAUGUGCCAGCAAUCUGGCUUGCAUGAAUCAACGUUGUCGCGAUCCAUGCCCCGGCUCUUGCGGUUUCGCAGCGCUCUGUAAUGUUAUCAAUCACACACCAAGCUGCUCUUGUCCUGCGGGAUACAGCGGCGAUCCGUUUACCAGCUGUCGUCUGUUGCCACCACCACCACCAGCACCAAAACCGGCUGAACCUAUCGACCCGUGCAUACCCUCGCCUUGUGGCGCAAAUACUGUCUGCAACAACGGUCAAUGUUCCUGCAUUCCAGAGUAUCACGGCGAUCCUCUUAUCGGCUGCCGCCCAGAAUGUGUCCUCAAUGCGGAUUGUGCGCGUGAUCGCGCCUGCGUGCACAAUAAGUGUGUGGAUCCCUGUCCGGGCACUUGCGGUCAGCGCGCUCUCUGCGAUGUCAUCAAUCACAUACCGAUGUGUCGCUGUCCUGAACGUAUGACUGGCAAUGCAUUCGUCGCAUGCGAGCCAGUGCGUGAUGUCGAACAGAAGAACCCUUGCCAACCAUCACCGUGCGGUCCUAAUUCGCAGUGCAUUGAACGUGGUGGUAAUGCCAUCUGCUCUUGCAUCACCGGCUAUUUGGGCAAUCCACCGAACUGCCGUCUGGAGUGUUACACUAGCUCGGAUUGUGCACAAAUACACGCGUGUAUCAACAAUAAAUGCGUUGAUCCUUGUCCCGGUCAGUGCGGUCAGAACGCCGAGUGCCAGACAGUGCAACAUCGCGCACAUUGUGAAUGUAUACGCGGCUAUAGCGGUAAUCCAUAUUCACUUUGCACGAGAACAGAAAUACGUCAAGAACCGCCAAGCGUACCAAAGAACCCUUGCGUUCCAUCGCCUUGCGGUCCUAACGCGCAAUGUACCGAUGAACAGGGACAGGCUCGUUGUGCCUGCCUUCUCAAUUACAUUGGCGAUCCACCCAAUUGUCGCCCAGAAUGCUCGACCAAUGAUGAUUGUCCUAACAAUCUGGCGUGUAUCAAUCUCAAAUGCCGUGACCCUUGUCCCGGCUCAUGCGGUGUAAAUGCCAACUGUCUUGUCACCUUCCACAUACCCAAUUGCCAUUGCCCAAGUGGCAUGACCGGCGAUCCCUUCCGCGCAUGUUAUGAGGCACCUAAAAUUCUUCCACCGCCACCGAAACAGGAACCACGCGAUCCUUGCCGUCCAUCACCUUGCGGCUCGAACAGUGAAUGCCGCGGACGUGGCGAUAGCUACACUUGCGUCUGCAUAAACGACUACAUCGGCAAUCCCUACGAGGGUUGCCGUCCUGAGUGUAUUGGCAAUUCUGAAUGCCCCUCGAAUCGGGCUUGCAUACGCAACAAAUGCGCCGAUCCUUGCCCAGGCACUUGCGGCGUGGGUGCGCUGUGCAGCAUACACAACCACAUACCGAUAUGCUCAUGUCCGUCAGGCUACACUGGCAACGCAUUCAUUCAGUGCUCACUUAUCGCAAUGGAGCCUGAAGAACGUCGCGAUCCUUGCUAUCCAACACCAUGUGGCAUCAACACCGUCUGCAAAGUGCAGCGCGAUCAAGGCAUUUGCGAGUGCUUACCAGGCUUCUUCGGCAAUCCAUAUGGCCAAGGCUGUCGUCCCGAAUGUACACUUAGUUCGGAUUGUGCCAAGGAUAGAGCGUGCGUCAAUUCGAAGUGCGUCGACCCAUGCCCUGGUGUUUGCGGUUAUGGUGCACAGUGCCAGACGGUGAAUCACAAUCCCAUCUGCAGCUGUCCAAAUUCAAUGGUUGGCAAUCCGUUUGUUGAAUGUCAUGCGCCACCGAAACCUGUGGAUCCAUGCAAUCCAUCACCAUGCCGUAGCAAUGGCAUUUGCCAAGUUAUUAAUGGCGCUGCCACUUGUACAUAUCCCGAGUGUGUAACUAAUGAGGACUGCUCCCGUAAUCGUGCUUGUAUUAAUCAGAAAUGUCGCGAUCCAUGUAUCAAUGCUUGCGGUGUGAACGCAAUUUGUAAUGCUAUCAAUCAUAAGGCGGUAUGCACAUGUCCAGCUGGUUACUAUGGUUCACCGUUUAAUCAGUGUCUGCCACAAAUGGAAGAAAUACCAGCGCCAAGGCCAGAAUGUACCACCGACUCGGAAUGCUCCAACGAUAAGGCAUGCAUAAAUCAGGCAUGCCAGAAUCCAUGUGAACUCUCGAAUAUCUGUGGCACAAAUGCGCGCUGUCAUGUGCAGCUACACCGACCACUCUGCGUCUGCAAUGAAGGUUACACGGGCAACGCUUUCAGCUACUGCCACCUAAUUGGCUGCCGUUCAGACGAAGAAUGUCCCGCCACCGAGGCCUGCAUCAACAAGCAAUGUACCGAUCCUUGCCCAUACACACAAUGUGGCACGAAUGCUAUUUGCCGCGCCGAUUACAAUCACAAAGCGCGCUGCCAUUGUCCAGACGGUUAUCGUGGCAAUCCUUUGGUGCGCUGCGAGCGUCCCGAAUGCUCAAGCGACGAUGAGUGUACCUUUAAUUUGGCCUGCAAGAAUGAACGCUGUGAAGAUCCAUGCAAUUGUGGUGUUGGCGCGCAGUGCCGCGUCGAUAAUCAUCGCGCGCUUUGCCGUUGCCCACCAGGCUACAGUGGCAAUCCGCUAGUGAGCUGUGUGCUCGAGGAACCUAAAGUGGCACCACAAUGUACUAUGGAUGCGGAUUGUAGCAGCAAGUUGGCGUGCUUCGGCGGUGAAUGUAAGAAUCCAUGCGCUGUGACGCAACCAUGUGGCGCGAAUGCUAUUUGCUCGGUGGUGGAUACACUGCCGUUACGUACAAUGAUCUGUCAAUGUGAACCCGGUUAUGUUGGUGAUGCUGAUGUUGGCUGUCGUAAAGAACCUGCACGGGAUCACGGCUGUCAAUCGAACAGCGAAUGCCAAGAUACCGAGGCCUGUCGAAAUGGUGUUUGCGUGAAUCCUUGCACCGAUGGCUCGCCUUGCGCGCGCACCGCCGAAUGCUUAGCGCAACGACAUCGCGCCGUCUGCAGUUGCCCACAAGGCACUCAAGGCGACCCGUUCAUCAACUGUUACCAACCACCUCAAAUUACCGCCGGCUGCACGCACGAUACGGAAUGCACACCGACCACGGCCUGCAUCAAUCAGCGCUGCCAAGAUCCCUGCGCUGAAGCAAACCCAUGCGCUGGCAAUGCCGAGUGCCGCGUGCGCAACUCGCGCCCAAUUUGCUCUUGCCCCGCUGGCUGGGGUGGUGAUCCACAAGUUCAAUGCUACAAACCGGAAUGUAAGAUCAACGCCGACUGCCCCUACGACAAGGCCUGUAUCAAUGAAAAUUGUGUGAACCCUUGCAACUAUGGCGAAGUACGCUGCGGCACUGGCGCACAGUGCGCGCCACAGAAUCACCAAGCCGUCUGCAUUUGUCCACCAGGCACACAAGGCAGUCCAUUUGUUUCCUGCAUCACAGGUCAUUGUCAAUUCAACGAGGAUUGCGCCGAUCAUGAAGCUUGCGAUCGCCUGAAUCGAGUCUGCCGCCCGGUCUGCGAUGAAGACACCUGCGCUGUGAAUGCCAUUUGCACAGGUAGACGUCAUCAGCCGCAAUGUGAGUGCCGUUCAGGCUACACAGGCAACGCGUUCGUCGAAUGCCAACUGCCACGCGAACCACCGACUAAGGUCGCACCGGAGUGCACGCAAGAUGCCGACUGUCCUUCGCAAUUGGCUUGCAUCAACCAGCAUUGCGCAAAUCCAUGCGCUACGCCACAUGUUUGCACACCUCAACAAACCUGUCACGUGCUCGAUACACUGCCGCUACGUACAAUGAUCUGCAAGUGUCCGAGCGAUACAAUCACCGACACCUCGGGCAAUUGUGUUCCGAUUAAACAUGAAGUUGUAAGUGGUUGCCAGAGCAACGAUGAAUGCAGCAACGCUGAGGUAUGUCAACGCGGCGUUUGCAUCGACGCAUGCCGUCUGGAACGUUGUGGUGUUAAUGCACAAUGCCGCUCGCGCGAUCACUAUGCGGAAUGCACAUGCCCACGCGGUUACGAAGGUAAUCCACGCGUCGAAUGUCAACUGAUUGUACACGAACAACCUAAGACACCGGGCGCGGAAUGUACGAAAAAUGAUGACUGUUCAAAUGAUAAGACUUGCAAGAAUGAACGCUGCAUAAAUCCGUGUGUGGAAGAUCCAUGCGGACCCGGCGCCUACUGCCAUGUUCAGAACAGAGCAGCUGUGUGUCGCUGCCCGCCCGGUUUCAAAGGCGAUGCGCGCGUCGCUUGUGUACCACCACCAGACGUAUCCACAAUUGGCUGCAAAUCCAAUUCUGAUUGUUCACUAACCGAGUCAUGCGUCAAUGAACGUUGCGUCAACCCUUGCAAUUGUGGCCCGAAUGCCGACUGCAUCGUACGCAAUCAUCACCCCAUCUGCUACUGUCAACCUGGCUACUCUGGGAAUGCGCAAUUCGGCUGCGUACAAAUUGGCUGCCAAUCGGACGACGAAUGUUCCACGGAUCAGCAAUGCGUUAACCGUGAAUGUGUUAAUCCUUGCUUAGUAAGCGAUCCAUGCGCGCUCAAUGCCGAGUGCUUUGGUCGCAAUCAUCGCGCCACCUGUCGCUGCCCCGCUGGCUUGGAGGGUGAUCCGUUCCAACGUUGCGUGCGCGUCGAAUGCCAUUCGGACUAUGAUUGCGCCACGAAUCAAGCAUGUGUACGCAAUCAAUGUAUUAAUCCUUGCCAGGAUAGUCCAUGCGCACAAAAUGCCAUCUGUCAGGCGCUACAACAUCGCGCUGUCUGCCGCUGCCCCGAAACAAUGCCGCUCGGCAACCCAUACUCUUACUGUGAGCGACGUCCUGUGGAGCCUGUUUGCCGCGAUGAUGGCGAUUGCCCGAGCCGCUUGGCCUGCAUUGACAACAAGUGCCAGAACCCGUGCACCAUACUUUCACCUUGUGCCGCCUCAGCUAAAUGUAGUGUACUUGAUAGUGUACCAGUACGAACUAUGGUAUGCGAAUGCCCCGAAUCAUAUGUGCCCGAUGCGCGCGGUGAGUGCAAACCUAUUGUGCUGCAAAGCCCACCAGGUUGUAGCACUGACGCCGAUUGUCCAGACCAGGAGGCGUGCAUCAACCGUCAGUGUCGCAAUCCAUGCAACUGUGGCACCAACGCCAUUUGUCAGGUGCAGAAUCAUCGCGCAACUUGCUCUUGCCAAGAUGGUUACGAAGGUAAUCCUUACUCCGUCUGUCGCACGAUAGGUUGCCGCAUCGACAGUGAGUGCGAUUCAGGUAAGGCUUGCAUCAACGGCAAUUGCAUCAACCCCUGCUUGGUUAACGAUCCUUGCGGCAUCAACGCCGAGUGCCAUGUACAGGCGAAUAGCGCUGUCUGCCGCUGCAAGAGCGGUUAUCGUGGCAAUGCCUAUGAGCGUUGUCGCGUCAUCGGCUGUCUCACGAACAACGACUGUCCCACCGACAAAAUGUGUCAAAAUGAACAGUGUGUAAACCCUUGCAUCUAUCACAACACAUGCUCACCACGCGCCGAAUGCCGCGCGCAAAAUCACUUGGCAGUCUGUCGCUGUCCAACUGGCUUCCUAGGAAAUCCAUAUGUCGAUUGCCGUCCAGAACCACAACCCACAUGCCGAGUAGAUACAGACUGCCCCGCAACUUUGGCCUGCAUCAACGAUGAGUGCGUAGACCCUUGUCUCACGCUCGAACCGUGCAACAGACCUGCUCAAUGCCAAGUUACCCCGACCUCGCCAGUGCGUACCAUGAUCUGUAUCUGCCCCGAUGGCUAUAUCAGCAGCGGUAGCGGCACUUGUAAACCAACGAAGACCAUAGUGGAUGUAGGCGGCUGUAUUGCCGACUCCGACUGCGCUGCAGAUAAAUCUUGUGUUAAUGGCGUCUGCCGCGAUCCCUGCAACUGCGGCUUGAAUGCCGAGUGUCGCAUCAAGGACCAUAAACCUGUAUGCACAUGUCGUCAAGGAUAUGAAGGAAAUCCAGAAUUUGAGUGCUCCAAAAUAGAAUGCGCCAUCAACUCCGACUGUCCAGCGACGCACGCUUGCCGCAACCAACUUUGUGUGCCUGCCUGUCAAGGUGAGCAGUGUGGCAGGAAUGCCCAGUGUCUGGCAGUUGACCACCGCGCCGUGUGCGAAUGUGUGCCGGGCUACCGCGGAAAUGCGCGCAUCGCUUGCACACCACUCGGCUGUCGCGCUGACAACGAGUGUCCGUCCGAUAAGGCUUGUGUAAAUGGAAAAUGUGAAAACCCAUGCGAGACGAAAGCUGUAUGUGCAUAUGACGAAAUAUGCAAAGUCUACAACCAUCGUCCGGAAUGUGGCUGUCCACCAGGCACUAUUGCGCGCCGCAAUGGUUGCGAGCCACUACGCGAAAUACCAAUUUGCACCUACGACGGCGAUUGUCCGAGCCAAACUGCUUGCAUACGCGGCGAAUGCGUCAAUCCAUGCAACGCAACACAUCCGUGUGGCGUGAAUGCUGAUUGUCGCGUGCUGGAUACAGUACCAGUGCGUACAAUGAUUUGCGAAUGCUUGGAGGGCUACACUGGUAACGCAGCCGUACAGUGCGAUAAGCGUUCAUUGUGCGUGAUCGAGAAGGGAUUUGUGCGCGACAUAGACGGUCAGUGUAUCUGCCCACCAGGCACUGCUUUGGACAUCUACGAAUAUUGCACACCCUGCCUGCCACAAAAAGGCUAUAAGAUUGACGAAAAUGGGCGCUGUGUAUGCGCGCUAGAACGCGGCAUGGUAAUUGAUGAACGUGGACGCUGUAUCUGCCCAACGGACCAUGGCUACCGACUCACACCUGCCGGCGAAUGCGUGGCCGAAGACCAACCUGGCUGUGAAACGAAUGACGACUGCGCCGACAAUCGCUACUGUAACACGCGAACCAAGACCUGCGAGGAUCCAUGUUUGCAAAAGGUCUGCGGCGUGAACGCAUUCUGUAAUGCUAUCAAUCAUAGAGCGCAAUGUCAAUGCAUCACCGGCUACACCGGUAAUCCAGAGCUCAUCUGCAAUCACACCAACUUCCGGACGGACUUCCCACGACCUGAUAUGUUGGUCAGCUGUCUGGCUGACGGUGUACAAGUCGAAAUACACAUUACCGAACCCGGUUUCAAUGGUGUGCUCUACGUGAAGGGACACAGCAAGGAUGAAGAAUGUCGACGGGUGGUCAAUCUGGCGGGCGAAAGCGUACCACGAACCGAAAUCUUCCGUGUGCACUUCGGCAGUUGCGGCAUGCAAGCUGUGAAAGAUAUUGCCAGCUUUGUAUUGGUCAUACAGAAACAUCCUAAAUUGGUCACUUACAAAGCGCAAGCUUACAACAUCAAAUGUGUCUACCAGACGGGUGAGAAGAAUGUCACGCUCGGUUUCAAUGUAUCCAUGCUAACCACAGCAGGUACAAUUGCCAACACUGGACCACCGCCUAUCUGUCAAAUGCGCAUCAUUACGCACGAAGGCGAAGAGAUCAAUUCGGCGGAGAUUGGCGACAAUCUCAAACUGCAAGUAGACGUAGAACCAGCAACAAUCUAUGGUGGCUUCGCGCGUUCUUGCAUUGCCAAAACAAUGGAGGAUAAUGUGGAGAAUGAGUAUAUUGUAACCGAUGAGAAUGGUUGCGCCACCGACGCCUCAAUCUUUGGCGAAUGGGAAUACAAUCCGGACACCAACAGCCUCAUGGCCAACUUUAAUGCCUUCAAAUUCCCCUCCAGUGAUAAUAUACGUUUCCAAUGUAAUAUACGCGUCUGCUUUGGUAGAUGCCAACCGGUUAAUUGCCGCGGCUAUAACGCUUUCGGGCGUAGAAGAAGACGAGCGAUUGCGGACAACUCCACAGAUACAACAGCGGUGGCGACUAACACUGGCGUUGAAGGACAAUUGCGUGAAGAGAUAACCAUAUCAUCGAAUGCGAUAUUGACAUUCGAGAAGCGCAGCGGUCCAGGCAUCAAUGAUGCGAAUAUCAAACCCGCCGCACAACGCGUUGAAGACAUUUGCGUCUCCAUGGUGGGGCUGAUAAUAGCGCUGGUGAUAACAGCUCUAUUGGCUUUGGUAGCUGUCGCAGUGGCCGUAUCCUGCUGGCUAAUGGCCUAUCGUCGGCGACCAAAAACACUAGCGCCGCUACCGCAUCCGCCAGAGUUCCCCAAUCCGCUAUUUGCGAAUCCUGAAGCUGUGCCAGAGCCAACACCAGACUAUCUAUCUUAAGGAAGAAUCAAAAACGAACGAGUAAAUAUGCUAGUUUUUAGGUUAGUUAAGAAAUUUAAAGCAAAACAAAAUUGAUGAGAG